UAUAUUAGCAAAACAAUCUUCUGUUGUUAUGGUGAUUAGGAGCGCUAAUUCAAUACUCCAGUAGGUGACGCUGUGAGCGUCUAGGUCGCGUUCCGCCACACAUUCACAGAAAUAGAAGAAGACUUCCGGCAUUUUGCUGCUUGUUAUUAAAAUAUUUCUGAACGGGUUUUACCUCCACAGUUCCAUCUGAUCCGUUGUGGGUGUAUUUGAGGAGGUUAACUGCGUUCUGCUGUAAAGAUCAAGAUUUGGGCUGAGAUGUGUCAUGUGACGUCAUCACGACGCGCGGUCCGCUGAAGCCCUCUUCGAUUCACGUGCGUCGUACAUGAGUACAGCUAAAAGGUUCAAUUCAAUUUGAUUUGUAUAGCGCUUUUAACAAUCUACAUUGUCUCAAAGCAGCUUUACAGAAACGUAUAAAAACAGGAUAGAGAUUUUAAGUGUGUGAAUUUAUCCCUAUUGAGCGAGCCGAUGGUGAGGAAAAACUCCCUAAGAUGAUAUGAGGAAGAAACCUUGAGAGGAACCAGACUCAGAAGGGAACCCGUCCUCAUCUGGGUAACAAUGGAUAGAGUGAAAGUAAAGGAAAGUUCAUUAUGGUUUUUAUAUGAAGUUUGUUUGUUGAACUAGUCCACUGUUCACUAAAGGAGACCUGAGUGUAAAACUGCAUGUGGUAAUUGCAGUCCCGGGGCCAUCGCAGCAACCGUAGUCCCAGCAACCACAGCAAGAAUGUCCAUGUGGAAUUGAGGUCCAGAACCAUUUCCAUGGUACUUCAAGCGGCACCGUCCUCAGCAAUCUCCAGGCUGCACUGCUUGGGGUCGUCCUCAGUGGCAGAAUGUAGCCUCUGAUGAGAGCUCCAUCCAGACGUAUGGCAUCAGGAUGGAUCAGUCAGGUCCGGACAGCAGAAAGGGACUAAAAUGAUCACUGAGUUUUUGUCAGAGGAGGACAGAGAGAAACAACAACAUGGAUGAUCCAGAUGGGAAUAAAAUCGCAGAUGAGCGCCUGUAAAUCAGGAAAUGACUCCAGGACCUCACAUAAGUAUAAUCCCACCUGGGUAGGCCUCAAGAUGAGUGGCGUCCUGUCUUCUCCUGCUGUCCGCUUUCCUAUCAAUUAUAAAUUUACCUCCACAAGACUGUCGAAAAAUCCGACUAAGAUGAAGGCGGACGAUAUUAAACGUGAGGAUCUAGAACCUACAGAGAGCUCCAGUAGUCAGCAAUGGUCGUUUGGUUCGUUCCUGGCGAACACCUCUCUCAGAUUUAUGCAGAAAGAGAUUCACCAGUGCUCGCAGUGUGGGAAAAGUUUCAGCCAGAAGAGCAAUCUGAAUCAGCACCAGCGUAUCCACUCAGGAGAGAAGCCGUACCAGUGCUUGCAGUGCGGGAAGAGCUUCAAUCAGAAGAGCAAUCUCAAACAGCACGAGCGUAUCCACUCGGGGGAGAAGCCGUACCACUGCUCGGACUGUGGGAUGAGCUUCACACAGAGAAGUCAUCUCCAACAGCACCAGCGCAUUCACACCGGAGAGAAGCCGUAUCACUGCUUGGAGUGUGGGAAGAGCUUUAGUGACCAGAGUAAUCUCCAGCAGCACCAGCGCAUCCACACGGGAGAGAAGCCGUACCAGUGCUCAGCCUGCGGGAUGAGUUUUACACAAAAGGGUAAUCUCCAGAAACACCAGCUGUUUCACACCGGAGAGAAACCCUUCCACUGCCUGGAGUGUGGGAGGAGUUUUACACAAGCAGCUGAUCUCCAAGAGCACCAACACGUCCACACCGGGGAGAAGCCGUAUUACUGCUCGGCGUGCGGGAAGAGCUUUACUAGACAUAGCAGCUUCCAACGACACCAACACAUCCAUACUGGUGAGAAGCCGCAUCACUGCGCAGUGUGUGGGAAGGGUUUCACCCGUCUAAAGAGCAAGUUAAUAAAACACCAGCUUAUUCACACUGGAGAGAAGCUGUAUCACUGCUCACAGUGUGGGAGGACUUUUACUAAACAGAAUAAUCUCCAGCGACACCAGCACAUUCACUCAGGAGAGAAGCCGUAUCCGUGCUCAGACUGUGGGAAGAGUUUUACACAAAGGGGUAAUCUUCAGAAACACCAGCGCAUUCACACUGGAGAGAAACCGUACCACUGCUCAGAGUGCGGGAAGAGUUUUAGUCAACGGACGGGUCUCCAAGUCCACCAGCGCAUUCACACCGGAGAGAAGCCGUAUCAGUGCUUGGAGUGUGGGAGGAGUUUUAGUAACCAGAGUAAUCUACAACACCACCAGCGGAUUCACACUGGAGAGAAGCCGUAUCAGUGCUCACAGUGCGGGAAGAGCUUCACACAAAGGGGUAAUCUCCAGGUUCAUCUGCACAUCCACACCGGAGAGAAGCCGUAUCACUGUCUGGAGUGUGGGAAGAGGUUUAGACAUCGCAGUAAUCUUCAACAGCACCGACGCAUUCACAGAGGAGAGAAGCCGUAUCAGUGCUCAGACUGUGGAAGGGGUUUUGUGCUGAAGUUUAAUCUCCAAGAACACCAACGCGUUCACACCGGAGAGAAGCCGUAUUUCUGCUCUGAGUGUGGGAAGAGUUUUAACACACACAGAAAUUUUCAGCGGCACAAGCACAUUUACACAGCGGAGAAUGAAGACAUGAAGCAGUUUUCACCAGAAAAUAUGGAAAUGAACUACAGCAUUUUCCUCUCCUUGCUCAAAGUGUUCCAUAAUCACGCUUCUCCUGUUCCAGCGCUCCAGCUUUUCCUCUCAGAUCAUCCUAAAAUCACUCCACAAUCGGUCACAUAUAGUGAUUUGAGUGGUUUCCUGUCUCCACCUGCCGUCGUCUUCUUUCCGACACACCUUACAACUAGGAUGAAGGCGAAUGAGAUUAAGUGUGAGAAUCUAGAACCCACAGAGAGCUCCAGUACUCACCGAAGUUCAUCUGGUACCGUACACGCCUCUGCUCAGCAAGCACAAACAGAAUUGUACCACUGCUCACAGUGUGGGAAGUGCUUCAGUAAAAAGACUAAUCUCAGACAGCACCAGCGGAUUCAUACGGGAGAGAAGCCGUAUCAGUGCUCAUACUGCGGGAUGAGGUUUACACAAAGGGGUAAUCUCCAACAACACCAGCGCAUUCACAAAGGAGAAAAACUGUACCACUGCUCACAGUGUGGGAAGAAUUUCACUCAGAAGGGUCACCUCCAGCGACACCUGCGUAUCCACACAGGAGAGAAGCCGUAUCGCUGUUCGCAGUGUGGGAAGAGUUUUACCGAGAACAAUAAGCUCAUAAAACACCAGCGAAUUCAUUCAGGAGAGAAGCCGUAUCAGUGCUCGGACUGUGGGAUGAGUUUUACCGAAAGGAGCAAUCUGCAGUUACACCUGCUCAUUCACACGGGAGAUAAACCUUAUUACUGCUUAGAGUGUGGGAAGAGUUAUACGCAAAAGACUGCUCUCCGAGUACACCAGCGCAUCCACACAGGGCAGAAGCCCUAUUACUGUCCUCAGUGUGGGAAGAGUUUUACUACCCAUAGCAGUUUCCAGCAACAUCAGCGUGUUCACACCGGAGAGAAGCCAUAUCACUGCUCACAGUGCGGGAAGAGAUUUAGUAAUCAGAGUAAUCUCCGAAGACACCAGCGCAUUCACACCGGAGAGAAGACCUACCGGUGCUCAGACUGUGAGAAGAGUUUUAGUAACCAGAGUAAUCUGCAGCGACACAAACACCUUCACAAAGCUGAGGACACGUUGCGGUUCUCAUGAAGAAGUGUAGACGUUAAGUACUUCUUUUCUCAGUGCUUAUUUGGGGGGUGGGGUUUCUGGUAGAGAGUAAAUUUUUGCUCCUCACUACAGGAAACAUUUGGGGUUUCAUCAUUAUGAAAGUAUGAACUUUUAUACAGUUUGAGAAGUAAAAACUCAUUAUUGCAAAGCAUUUCACGUUCACUCAUUGGAAGAGCAGAUGGUUUUUGUAUUUUACUGUUAUACCCAUGUUUGAUAUAUUAAGUAUGUAAGAUAUCAUCAAAAUCAUAUCUAUUCUUAACAUUUUGCAAGGACAGAAUGCUCAGGUGGUUGGUGAAUAAUUGCUAUACUUUUGGAUGGCGGUGGUGGCGUGGCGGUUAACGCUCGGGGUUACUGAUCAGAAGGUUGCCCCAGAACUGCCAAGCUGCCACUGUUGGGCCCUUGAGCAAGGCCCUUAACCCUCUCUGCUCCAGGGGGCGCUGUGUCAUAUCUGACCCUGCACUCUGACCCCAACUUCCUGACAUGCUGGGGUAUGUGAAGAAAAGAAUUUCACUGUGCUGUAAUGUAUACGUGAUUAAUAAAGACUCAUUAUCAUUAUCAUAGCUAUGAACUAAAAGAGGUAAUAGAUUAUGUUAAUUAAAAUUCCAGUAUUUGACCAGGCUUGCCCAAGAGUGUGAAUUCCUGAAAGAUGCCAAUAAGAUCAAUGAAACUAAACAAUUGUAACACUUUAAUAGUUUUUAUUAGUGGAAAAAUAAUAUGUUUGAGAUUUUGUCCAAAUAUUUGAUACACCUAAAUAAUUGUUUUGUGAGUCAGGAAAGGAUGAGACUUUGUAGGAUAAGCGGUAUAGAAGAUGGAUGGAUGGAUGGAUGGUAUAUAGUGGUGGGUGACAUGAUUAUCAAGAUGCUCAAAAAAGUUCUAUGCCACAUGGUAUGUAUCAUGAUAUAUAGACUGUACAAAUGCUGAACAUUUUAAAGCUUAAGUGCAAAAUUUUUAUAAUAAAAGUCAAACAGGCUAAUAACUGUAAUAACUCCAUAAUAAAACACCACUUUUUUUGCAGAUCAGAGCAAGAUUUUAAAUCACUCCGAUUAGCCAGUGAAUGCUAAUGUAAAUUACCUCAGAUUCGAUGCCGAAUGCUAGUCUGAAAUGCUUUUUAAUAUUAAGCAUCAUGAAUGGAAAUGUAUAUUCUGGUACAUGUCAUUAAAUU